UAACAGCUGUGUUAAUUUCCAAGUAGAAAAUUUUUAAAUUAGCGUGCAGUAGUUUUCUUUUUAGUAUUUUUCAAUAAAAACAUAACGUCCUGGUCAAUAAAAUAAAAUGUCUGGACAUUUCAGGCCACCUACUUCUGCUCACGUAUUGCGUAAACUAAAACAAAUUAGUCUACCCAAGGAAGAUGCCGUCUAUAUGAUCAAUCGCAAUCCACGCAACUUGGAAAAAUUACGUAUUGGUUAUAAACCUGAUGGAUAUCACUUGGAAAAACCAGGACGCUCUUUUUGGCAUAAAUUAGAAAUAAACAUAAGUGGACGUUAUGUUAGCGCAGAAGUAAAACAUUUUCAAAACGGACCAGUCAUCAGUGCCUCCACCUCAGAAUGGGCCAUCAAAAAACAACUAUUUAAAACGAAAGAUACAGCGGCAUUUGUAAACUUGGCAAGAGUUUUAGCCAAUCGCUGUCAACAAUCGGGUAUAACAGAAAUGUUAUGUACCAUAGAAGCAGUACCUGGUGGUAAAUUGGAUAAAUUUCUUAAAACAGUAGAAGAAAAUGGUGUAGUCUUAAAAGAAGCGCCACGCUAUGAACACCCUAAACAAUGGGAUGCCGAAAGACCCGAAAAACCUUGGGAUAUAUUGGAAGAAGAUUUGAAAACUAACAAUCCCUCAAAAAAAUAGUUUAAUUUUUAUUAGUAAUACAUAUAAACAUAAUUUUUGUUUUAAUAAAUUUGUUUCGAAAUUUA